AUGACGGUUGACCGGGAUCAAGGCCCGGCAAUUGGCGGUGCUAUAUCAGAAGUCGAGAACAACGAGGGACCCGACUUCUGUAUGAACGAGAAACGCCACCCUGGUGACGAUGGACGGCAACAACAGCAAACCAUAGACGAGAACACGAGAAUCACAUAUGUCUACCUCACCUUCGACACGGAGCUACCGUCACCGCAUUAUUCGCAUCCCCCGACUACCGAACCUCCGUCUCCUGAGCCUCCAAAACUCGCCGCAUACAACUCGCCUUUGACAUGGCACCCGUCGCGCAAGGGUAUCGUACUGGCGUUGGGUUGCAUCUCUACAUUCCUCACUGCUUACUGCGCCGGGUCAUACUCCCCUCCCUCAGCCAUCAUGGCGGAGGACCUCCACACGACACAUACGGUCAGCUUGGUGGGUAUUACAACGUUCUGCAUGGGGUUCGGUCUAGCCCCCAUGGUCUUGGCGCCCGUGUCGGAGAUCUGGGGGCGGUACCCAGUUCUCGUCAUGGCCGAGAUCAUCUCCGUAAUAUUCCUCGUGGCCUGCGCCGUCAUGAACAACAUUGUCGGCAUGCUCAUCUCGCGUUUCAUGGUGGGCGCAGGUGUCAGUGUUUUUAGCUCCGUCGUGGGCGGUAUCAUGGCCGACCUUUGGCACAAGGAGGAGCGCAAUACGCCCAUGGCCCUAUUUAGUGGCAGUGUGCUCAUGGGCACCGGUGCAGGGCCGCUCGUAGCCGCAGCCAUUGUGGACCAGGUCGAGGACCCGACGCAGGCUUGGAGGUGGUGCUUUUGGCAUCAGGUCAUCGGCAACGUUGUACUCCUGGCGGCUUUGGUGCUCUUCCUAAGCGAAACGCGUGCCUCUGUCCUGCUACGUCGUAAGGCUUACGUCCUCAACAAGUGGUACGUGGAGCUCGAGAAGAGUGGCGUGUAUGGUGCUCUCCUGAGAGAGAGAAGUAACGACCCAAACGACGCCGCCGACGACUGCUCACUCUCAUCGUCUUCGCGGAUAUCGACUGAUCGGACUGUUCUCCGACGUAUAAGAUGGAAGGUGCAGGCUGACGAGGAGCGCGCGUCCUUGGGUGCUAUGAUUGCUGCGUCGUCCGUGCGUCCAUUCUACAUGCUCGUCACCGAGCCCGUCGUCUUCUUCUUCUCUCUCUGGGCAGCAUUCGCCUGGGGAAUCCUGUACCUGGCCUUUGCCGUCAUCCCGUACCUUCAUGCCGCCGACUUCAACGCCUGCAUGCGCUCGUACGUGGCCAUGAUUGCCGGUGCCGCCGUAGCCACCGUGGUGAGCAUCUGGCAGGAAGACUUGCUGAGUCACAGCAAAUGGCGACGGGUCAGCGAAGAAGACGAUGACUCGGACGAAUCACCCUUUUGGAAGUUUGUGCGCCGCCACCUCCCGGCCGAUGCCCCCGAGGCUCGUCUAUACUUCACGUGCAUAUCAGGACUGUUCCUCCCCGCUGGGCUUCUGGGCGCCUUCCUUGUCCCGUUCACAUCUGAUCCAGAAGAUGAAGGUACAGCUCUGGCCAUAGGCAUAGGCUUCGCAACGUGGGGCAUCUACGCCGUAUACCUCGCUUCGUUUAACUAUCUGGCAGACAUGUACCACGUGUACGCAUCAAGUGCACUGGCCGCCAACUCCUUUUGUCGAAAUAUGCUCGGCGGCAGCUUUCCCGUCGUCACGCGUUACAUGUUUGAUAGUAUGGGUGUGCGGGGCGCGGGUGGAAUGUUGGGCGGCCUGGCUUUGGCUCUGACUGUUACGCCGUAUGUGCUUGUUGCUUGGGGGAGCAAGAUACGCUCUAGGAGUAAGAUGGCCAUGGUACGUUUGUUCUUCCCUCUUCAAUAUUAG